CUGCCUUCUAUAAACCAGACCUCAUUCAUAUCAUCUCACACAGAUAUCUUCAAACACAAAAAUAUACAUAUUCUCACGAGCUAAACAUUGUUUCUCUAAUAGCCAUGGAGUCACAGUUGCCACGAACUCACGGCCAUCAUUAUGAACCCACAGAUCUCUCAACCAACCCUCCUGCACUUCAGUCAGGUGUAGAAGGCCAUAGCGAGGCUCAUCACGAAAAGCCAUCGGUGUUGAAGAAAGUAAAAGCAAAGGCCAAGAAGAUAAAGAACACACUUACUAAACAUGGCCAUGAGCAUGAGCACGAUCAUGACCACGACCACGACGAAUACGAAGAAGACGAGGACGAUGAAAUGGUUAAAGAUCCUGAAAUCCACGGCGCUCCAAUUUACGAGUCGGCAGCGGUUAGGAGUGCAACUUUGAGUAGUGGCCAACCUGCUGCAGGACCUGCAGGAGGGACUAAUUUGGAUAGGCCUUCGAUGGUUGGUCCUCGCUAUGAUUCUCCGUUCGUCGAUCCGGAGACGAGGCCUUUUGUUCAAUGGCAAGCGGACGAAGAACAUGGAAAACAUCUUUUGGAAGAACAUAAGCAUGCACCGUUGCCUUGUAAACUUGUGGAUACUAGGACUGGUGAAGAUGUAUAUCAUGAAUUGCCUCAUAAAGGUAUUAAUACGAGAACCGGGAGAGAUGUUCGUGAGGAAAGAGAGAAUCCGGAUCAGGUUGGAGGUCGAAAUGUUAUGGAAGGAAUUCGUGGUGGCAUCGGGAGUACUUGUUUCGAUGUCGAUCCUCAAGGUCCUGAUAUUCGAACUCAUCCUUCGAAUGUUCAGGUCAAAACUAUUGAUCCAGCUGGUAGAGGUAGUGAAGAAGCUGAGGGAAUCACCCCUGUUAUACAAUCGUUCAACGAAAUGGGAAUUUCUGAAGAAAAACCAGAAAGAGAGCGAGGAGAGGGAGGAAGACUAUAUACAGGAAGCCACAAUCAGUUUGCUCCUGAACCAUUGCCCUCGCAAAGCUCCAGUUAUGUUCCGAAAAGUGGCAAUGCUGCUAACCCUCAGGACAUGCCUGGAGACAUAUACGACCCAGCAAGCAAGAGCAGUUCCUACUCUGGGAAAUUCAUAUCUGAUUCUGUGCCAAAAAGUUAUGAUGCUGCUAACCCUCAGGACUUGCCCGAAGACACCUAUGAGCCAUCAAACAAGGGCAGCACCUACACCGAGAAAAUCACCUCCGCUUCAGCUGCUGCUGCUUCUGCUAUAGCUGAUACAGCUCAGUCCGCUAAAAAUGUUAUAUCAUCCAAGAUUGGGCAAAUGCGCCAGCCAGGGGAGGGUAACAAGUCAGGGUCUGUGACAGGGGAGGGCAAGUCAGGGUCUGUGACAGGGGAGGGUAACAAGUCAGGGUCUGUGACGGAGACUGCUAGUGAUUAUGCCCACAAAAUUGCAGCUACUGUAACAGAUACAUUGGCCCCUGUCUACGGAAAGGUUGUUGGAGUUGGUAGUGCAGCAACUUCAAAAUUGUCGGGACUUGGAGCUGAAACCACUCAGGAGAGCGGUGGGAAUGCCACUUCAAAAGUGUCUGGACUUGGAGCUGAAACCACUCAGGAGAGCGGUGGGAAUGCAGGGCAGGAUAAAGGAGUAUCCGUGAAAGAGUAUUGGGUGGAAAAGCUAAAGCCAGGUGAAGAAGAUAAGGUGCUCUCAACAAUGAUCACGGAGUCUUUCAGUAAGCCUAAAGGGGAAAAGACAGAGGAAGUGCCUAGUGGCGGAGGAGGACGUAGCAUUUCACAGAUAGUUUCCGAUGCUGUUCAUAAACGGGAGCCAGAAGAGAGCGAACAACACAAGCCAAUGGGGAAGGUGACAGAGUCCGAGGAGGUGGCGAAGCGGUUGGGCACCGGUGAAGAAGGCAGCGGGUUGGAAAAUAUAGGGACUGGAGCAGGUGUGGUAAAUAAGCUUACUGGUGCAAUAGGUUCAUGGUUUGGCGGACAAGGUGGUCGAGCUCAGAGCACUCCGGGGACAACUUUAGCUGAUGAUAAUGAAGGAGCUAUGGGGAAGAAUGCUGAGGGUGUUGCAGGGGAGAGGAGGCUUCAGGAGUCCAGUAAUUAAGCAGGGCUUUCAGAAUUCUGAUGUUAGUCUUGUAUAUGUUUGUUUUGUUUAAUCCUUGUGGCAUUGCCAGGUCCACUUGUUUGUGUGUCUUUGAAGUUGUUUGCUUUGUUGUUGUAAUAUUUUUCCAGUAUUUGUGUGAGGGAGAGACUGUGUCUCCAACUGUGUCAGUGUCACCUUUUGGUCAAGGUCCUGGGUCCUGGUAAUGGCCUUUAAAAGUGUAUGUUGGUCUGAACUGUAUUUGUUGGUACUGUUAAUUUGUUAUGUUGUGUAUUUAUGCAAUCAGGUCAAUUCAAAUAAUUUUUCUUUAU